ACCGCGUGUACAUGUAUGAAGAGUGUCUGUAUGUCUUAUAAAGUACAUCAAGGAUCUCCGUGAAUGAAAGCAUAAUUUAAGAGACUUGUAUCUGUAAGCCAGUGCUGGCUUUAAGUGCGUGGAAAAUGCACAAGAAUUCUACAACUGUGCAUCUGAACGUCAGUGCCACAAAGUACCUGAAGAAACUGAGCAGUGGGAUAUAACAAAGGGAAGAAACCUGACAUCAACCGGAAGAGAGAAAGGUGCGGACCACAAAGCACACACCGAGCUUUAAGGGGCCAAGAUAAACACUUGUCCUCCCCGAGGCCGACAAAGGAGCCCUGAAAUAUGCACGUCGCCUCAAAAUACCUGCAAUGACGCAACAGAGGCCGAGGGCGCCGCCAUCGUCCAGGCUCCCCGUCAAUCCCGUUCAGGGGUCCCGAACACAAGGCCCCUCGCUGGCCGCGCGCUCAAACCGCACGCAGCCCCGCGGCCGGCUUCCCCAAGGAAACAAGCGGACGCGGGCCGGGGGCGGACGGGGCCUCUGCCAGGGCCCCUGCCCCCCACCUGCGCCCGCGCUGUCUAGCCCCAGCCCCCGCUCCUCACCUCCGGGUGGGGCGCCACGGGCGGCAGUGAGGACAACGCGGGCGAAAACCGCGCUCCCCCCCGGACGGGCGUUGCGGGCGUCGCGGCGGGAGCGCGCUGCGCACGGACCCGCCGCGCGUACUCUUCCGGGGGCUUUAGCGGGGCAGGGGCGCCCUCCCGGGGGCUUGAGCCGCACCUUAAUACUUAGAACUACCCUAUGAAGUAGCUUAAGAAGU